AUGAGUUUCUCCAACCCCAACCCCGAAUUUGCCCAUCUUUUACCUGUGGACGGAAAAUGGAAGAAAGAUAUCACCAGCUGGCUAGACGAGGAUACCCCUUCUUUUGAUUACGGAGGAUAUGUGGUGGGUGAAAACCUGCAGAGUGCUACUCUAUGGAUAAAGUCCAACGGAGUCAUUAGUGGAGUACCGUUUGCACAAGAGGUUUACAAACAAUGCGGUUUGGAGGUCGAGUGGUUUCUAAAGGAAGGGGAUUACAUUUGUGGUGGAGACGAGGGUAAAGUGAAAGUUGCACUCGUUAAGGGCCCUGUUCGAAACAUCCUCCUCGCUGAACGGUUAUCGCUGAAUAUUCUAGCAAGAUGCUCUGGGGUCGCUACUCAAAGCUAUAUUACUAUAAAAAGGGCUAGAGAAGCUGGAUACAAAGGAAUCAUUGCGGGAACCAGAAAGACUACUCCAGGAUUACGAUUGUUGGAAAAAUACUCAAUGCUCGUUGGUGGAUGCGACAGUCACCGUUAUGAUCUAAGUUCUAUGAUUAUGCUGAAAGACAACCAUAUCUGGUCAACUGGUUCGAUCACCAAGGCCAUUGAAAGUGCUCAAAAAGUGAUUGGAUUUAGCACUAAGAUUGAGGUGGAAGUGCAAGACGAAGCUGAAGCCAAUGAGGCCAUAGCAGCAGGAGCCGAUAUUAUCAUGUUGGACAAUUUCACCGGUGAGGGGCUGAAAGUCGCAGCCAUCAAUUUGAAGAACAAGUGGGCUAACACAAACAAGAAAUUCUAUUUGGAGUGCAGUGGAGGUUUGACUUUGGAUAAUAUAAAGGAUUAUCUGUGCAAUGAAAUUGAUAUCUAUAGUACUUCUUCGAUCCAUCAGGGAGUCGGUAUAGUGGACUUCAGUCUGAAAAUCAAUAAAUAA